AAUACCCUCACAACCCCAAGAGCUGGCUCCAUCCCACCCACUCCUAUCUCUGUGCUCUGUUGUGCUUGCAGCCUCCUCUUCUUUCUCUGCCUCUCUCCCAUGGCUUCCGUUGAGGUGGAAUCAGCUCCAGUUGUCGAAGUGCCAGUAGAAGCCCCCGCCACCCCUGCCGAAGCGGAAGACGGGGCACCGCCUGCCGUGGAAGAGGUGGUUGAGACCGAAGCCGUAGCCGAACCUGCAGAAGAGCCCAAAGAAGAAGCCCCGGCGGCAACGGAACCACCAGCAGCGGAACCCACAGCAGAGGUCGCUCCGGAGCCUGAGGAGAAGCCCGUCGAAGAGCCUUCGGCAGUCGAGGUGGCGGAGGCGGCGGUGGAGGCCGAGCCAGCUGUCGCCGAGCCCACAGAAGAAGCUAAGCCGGAGGCCGAGCCCGAGAUCGCCGCACCUGCAGCCGAGGAAUCGUCUGAACCCGCCGUAGAAGAGCCGAAAGCCGUGGAGGAGCCACCGGCUGCUGUGGAGGAGGUGAAGGCCGAGGAAGCGGCAGAAGAGAAGGCCGAGUAGGAUGCUGCUUCGGUCGCGAUCAUUUUGGAUGCUAUCAAGGUUCACAAUAAGAGAUUAAGGAUUAAAGCCUACAACUAUUAUCCUAAUAUUAAGGAGAGUGUGAGGCUAUUUGGGUCUGCUGGAUCAUGAGAAGUACAUAUAGUGCUGUUGUCUUCGCCAUGCCUUUUCCAGUUUGUGUUGUAGUUCCUUGAUUACUCCCUGGCUGUUUUACUAUAUACUGUCCUGUGAGUUUAAUAUCAAGGUGUUUUACUCGAUCUCUCAA